AUGGCGAGAGGGAGUCUUGUGGAGUACACGGAGAAGAACUCUAGGGCAAGAGUUUGUGUACAUGGGAAAUCCUAUGCUUGUUCUCCAGUGCAGCCAUUGCUUGAUGACAAACAAUAUCACCCAAAGCCAAGCUACAACUAUGCAGACUCGAGGCAGACUCAAGAGGAAUGUCAAAACUCUUCUAGUGAACAAAAAAUCAAGAGAGUGGAAGAGGGCUAUGAAGAAGAAUCAUCUAUUAUGAACUCCAGCUUCUUCAUGGGCUUUCUCACAAUUGGAACUCUUGGUUCAGAACCAAUCACUAUGGAGCCCUCCACACCAACAUUCACCAUGCCUCCCGUGCCCUUUGAGAAUAUAACUAAAGAAACAGAGGUCGUAAAGAAUGAAUUGAAGCUUAUCGGUGACGAGCUGGAGAAGUUCCUUGAGGCUGAAGAAAUGGAGUAUGAUAGAUCAUUAGAGAGAACCAAUCCUGUGAGCACCAUAAUACUCAGUGGCAAGCAAAUUGAAGGUGUGAACACCGAGUGUGGAGAUACAACUAUAUAUCCACUUCAGGAAUACCUUUUUGGCUCUUCAAUUGAACUACCUGAAUCAAGUAUGGAGGAGACAAAGAAAGUCAAGACGACACUUGGGCAGCUCUUUCAGAUGAAUAACACAGCAUACGAGCAUUCCACGGAGAAAUGUGAUAAAGGAGAUAACCAAGCCAAGGGGAAAUAUGGCAUGCAUUUCAUGAAGAAAAUGCUGAAAAAGCUCCAUUCCUCUCCAAAGAGCUCUGGAGCUAUUGCUGUUAAUGAAGGUGUUGAUUCUGUUUCAAUCAAGAGGAAACUUACCCAGGUCCGAAGGAUGUUCUCAAAUAAGAUCCAUCCCGAAGGGCCAACAGCUGAGAAAAAGUCCAGUAAAUCAUACAACCAUGAUAUCAACAACACCUUCUAUGGUGGGGGCUAUGAUACUAAAGAACUGGCACUCCACGACAAAGGCAACAGAGAGUUUCUUAACAGAGCUAUAACAGAGAAGAGAAUCACCAAAUUGAACCUGACCCAUAGCAGUAUCAGAAGCAGAGGUUCAAAUCAAAAUAGGGAGCAAUGGAUCAACACAGAUGCAGACUGUAAUUUUGGUGUUAGAACUGUAGAGGCAGAAGCAGCCGACAAAAAUGGUGAUCGGUUGUCAUCCUUUCUGAGUAAGAAAUAUUAG